UUCCUUGACUAGCAAACGGAUUUCUUUCGGUUGUAAACAACUUCGCCAGAUGAAAAAGAAUGCUCCGAGAAUUCUGCUAACUUGCAGCAAUGUUACUUGAAAACGGCUGUGAAGCCAAGUUUGCCAAGUCCGCGCAGAGGACACUGCAGUAAUAAAAUGAAAGCCUCUGUGUCACAGCUGCUCAAGGAAGCAGAAUCCGUGAAGACAGCGCUGGCAGAUGACUGCCCGACAAGUGUGAGUGCCUUUCAACUACGCACACGACUGUGUUGGCUGCUGGAGGAGUUGCUGCUCACGGAUCUGGAGUUUGCCUUGGACAAGAAGGUUGAGCAGGAGCUUUGGAAUUGCGCAUUCCGCAACCCUAUUUCUGCCUUCCAGGCCAAGGUCAAUGACAAGAAGAAGCGUCAGAAUGGAGAAACACAGAGCAUGCUGUCGAUGCUGCUUGAAACAGCGAGCGGGUUUUACCUUCAGCUCCUCCAAAAACUAUGCAGUGUGUACAACAUAGGUCUGCGGUGCCAUCUGAGCGACUCUGCCUAUGGUGUACUAAAAUUUGAACGGAACAGAGAGCAGUCUGCCCAGAAACCAAAGAAAUCCUCCGUCCUCUACAUUUGCCAGCACUGCUUAGUCCACCUUGGCGACAUCGCCCGGUACCGUGGGCAGUCCCUUCAGGCAGAGAACUUCUAUCGGCACGCUGUGGAGCUGGGGCCAAGAAAUGGCCACCCGUACAAUCAGUUGGCUCUCCUCGAAGCAGCCAGUGGAGAGAAGCUCUCGACUGUCUUCUUCUAUGUCAGGAGCUUGGCCCUUCAACAUCCUUUCCCGGCAGCCGCUACGAAUCUCGCCACGCUCUACUCCAAGAUGCUUGCUGAUGGGUCUGGCUCCGUGGGCAAAGUGAAGAUGACCCCUUAUGAGUACACCACAGCAUUCUUGCAGUUCAAUGCCCAUAUCUACCUUGUUUCCGACAUGGGGAAAGCCGAGCGGCUCCUGGGAUCAUUGACCGCGUCCCUACCUGCGCUGGUGAUAGCGGAGAAGCUGGAGACGUGGCAGCUGGUACAAAUGGCGGCUGUAUGCAUAUUUACCCACGAACAUGCUUAUGGGUCACUCGAUGGGGACAAAAAAAAUGGGACAUUGGACGAGUCGCUCUCUCAGGAUGAGAAGAAGGCUUUGGCGAACAUUCUUGAUCUUAUCUCAAGCAUGCUGCACGCCCUUCUGUUGCCAAUGCAUGCCCUGCAAGACUCCAAGAGCAUGAGGGACUGUUGCACCGUGCCUGUGGUGAAGCUCAUUCUCGACUGGUUGCUGCUCAAUCGUUCCUAUCUGUUCCGAGAUGCCUUUGCUAGGAAGCCACAGAUAUGGCACGGAUUCUGCAAGCUUCUCAAUGCACUUGUGGAAGUUGUACCUCUGGAUUUCCCAAAGGAAAACUAUUUAAAAGUUCCACUGCCAGAAGAUUGGGAUUUACACUGCUUUCUUCCACUUCAAGAAGUCCACAGAAAUCUUCAUUUUAACACCAUGGUUCCACUGCCAAGCGACGUAAACAUAAGCAACCUGAGAGGGAGUCGCAUGCUCGACCUGGCCGAAGAGCUCGGCCAGGUGGUGAUGUCUGGGAAAAGUCUGAUAGCCGUAGCACAGGGUCAGUCCCCGAGGUACACUGCAAGUCACUACACAGAAGCAAUGUCCAAUCAGGUUAUGCAGCAAAUACAAGAGCUCUCUAUCGAACCUGAGCAAGAGUUGAAGCAAACAGGGCCAUCUUCACCAUCGAGCAAGACAGACUUGCCAGAUGUCUUGCAAACUGCACCUGAAGUCCGCUUUAAGCUUGACACACAAGAUGACCAAAGCAAAGGGGACACGGAUAAGAGAACAGCUGGGAAACCUUCUGUUCUCAAGGAACGAAGACCAGCAAGGAAUGUGGCAAUGCAGGCUAUCCUUCAGCAAAAGGAGCAGCGAUCUCAACUUGGCGAUGUCAUUCGGCAGCCUGUUGUACUGAACAACGACCUGGGAACCUCACAGAGUUCUCACCUUACCGAUGACAAGCCCGACUGCAGCCUGUGGCACCCUCAAGCGCUGUCCCAUCAGCACAAUGGCAUUGGCAAUUCGACAAUGUCACGCCCUCAUCCCAAUGUGCCACCCCCAUAUCUCCAUCCACCUGUCACCGGAAGGCGGCCACAAUCACCGCAACCAGCAGGAGUCACUCAGGCCAUCAGUUACGACCACAGUGCCGCUGCUACCGGAACCCCUCAACAGAACACGUCAAAAGCUGCAUUCUUGCCCAGUGCGAGCCCAGCUGCACCUCCGUACAUGUGGAACUACCUUGUCUCCUCCCACCCUCCUCUGCCAACGCAGCCGCCUCCGCCGACGCAGCAGGGCAUGGUGCCACCUCCACUUCCCCAAAUGUUGCACACCUCGCCACAGGGCAUGCCACAAGGAGCUAUGCCUCCAGCAAUGAUGCCACAGUCACAAGGUCCUGCUGGCUUCAUGUACAUGGGGCCCUCUCAGCCUCCAACGCAGGCACAUCUGGAAUCACUUCUGAGGCAGCAAAGUGCUGAAACAAAAUUCUCGGGGCACAGUGACUCUUACCAGCAACAUAUCAGGCAGCAGCCACAGUUACCACAAAUGUCACAGAUCCAACAGAGACCUUGGUUACCUCAUGGUAUUGAUAUGAAUGGGUGCAGCCUGCUGCCUGCCAAGUCUGGACAGCAACCGGGGUCAUCCGGGUCCGAAACUUCAACCAACACAUAUUCCUUGUUUAACUCGCCCUGGCCAUCUGGAUUGCAACACGUGGCUAAGGAUGGUGGGAGGUCUUCAGGAUCAGGAGCACCGAUAGACCCGAUGGUCAUGCAUCCCAGGAUUCAGUCCCUAUGGUCCGGCCCCGGUCCAUCACCACUGGAGCGCCUUCUGGAACAGCAAAAGCAGUGGAGGGACGGUGCCAUGCAGUGAAGAUACCUGAGCUCACAUGCAAUUCCAAUCUGCAUAACUGCACCAGAUGCCUCAUAUUAGGCAUUCACAAAGACAAGGCUAGGAGGCCUUAUAGCACCACCCUGAAGCAUGUGGUUCCAUUCCGGAGCAGUGGUAUCGACUGUUGAAAAAAAAGGUACAGCGUGCGGAACAAAGCUGCGCCCACAUAAGCCACGGGGAAAACAAAAUCUCCUCCUUGCUCUUCCGGCCUGUACGAAAGAGAAGAUUUUGAAACGGAGUGACAGGGAUAUAGUAGCUUGGUAAAAACAGGCUGUGGCAUUGCUGGUGACACCAUUGCGUCACCAGCGGUGGUCUUUUGUUUGUUGUUGCUUAGUGUUGGGAUCUCGCCGCGGGAACUUGGCGUGGGUAAUUUAUGCCAGGUUCUCGACCGGCGUAUGAACGGUGAGCCGGUUGCGUUCUUCCGCUGGGUGUUGCAGUUGACAUUGCAUUUACAUUCGAGUGCUUUGGUAUUAUGUGGCACGGAAAAAUUGGGAGGAAGCGAAGCAGAAUGGAUUAUAUCUCGUUUGUCAUCUUGCAAGUCUUAAGGAAAGAUGUGUUUAUUUCCGCGUGAACCUGGGAACUUUUUGUUUUGUUUUUUUUGUGAGAAAAAAAAUAUUAUUUUUGGAGAUUUCCCCCCUCUUUUUUUCUUUUCGAAUGUGAGUAUAUACUCCUAAGAAAGAUGUGCUUUGAUCGAAACGGUAUAGCAGCACAGCAUAACCUCGUGGAACACACCUUGGGGGUUUUGUUAUGUUGUACUGCAUCUUGCUUUUAAUAGCUGUGAUGUUGCAUAUAAUGUGCGUAAACUGGAACAUAUAACGAAAGAGAAUCUUAAGGCUGCAUGCACCAUUGUGGUAUGUCGUACUUAGUAGCGUCGAGGAACAAAGCAAAAUAUUCUGUUUACGGCUUGUUGUCCUCGGAAUCCAGGAGGCACUCGAUAUUGCUUUCACAGGAAAUGUAAAUAUCGUCCUCUCCGUUACUAUUUUGGCAGAAGGAGCGAAUGCUCGAGGAUAAUGACCCCACGAAAUUUAAAAAAAUAUAUGGACGAGGGUGUGACAGAUUCUGGUACUCGCUCGAUUAGCAUUCAUAGUGAAAGUUUCUUUUGAGAUGUCGUUUGCCUAGUCAUUAAUCGUCACACAAAACGAUGCUCAGAUGAAAAGUGCUUAGUACUGUACUUGCUUACGUGCCAUAGCAUUUACCAUCCUGGGAUGCACUGUUAGUUAGCCUUUAAGCACCUGCACAUUCCUUGCGAUACUUUGCGUUAGCCAUGCACUGCUGCUUAGUUUGUUAUGAACAAAACCAGUCAGUUUCAUUCCUAUUAGCACUUUUUAUUUGUGUUCCAUCAAAAUUGUAUGCAAAAAAUUGCAUAUGGUUUCUGUCACUACUUUAGCUACUGGCAUGCUCGUGUUUUGUAAAGUACAACAACAACAACUUAAUUUCAAGUAAAAGUUCAUCUGUAGAGUAAAACUUUAUUUCUGCAAGGAAAGCCACAGCGUAGGGAUGAUACACUAAAUAUUAGCAUACCAUAAACUGACCUAAUGGUCUGAGAUUGUGUGCCUAGCUGCUGUGGGAAAAUGUAUCCGCUGUAGAUUCCAAAAAUGAUUACGACUGCAUAUUGUAUGGGAGUGCCAUUCACUGGUAUUUCGCAACUUAUAAUUUGGGUGUGAUUGACAAAUAAAAGCUGUCCCAGUUUGACAAUCCGAAA